CGGCCCGCUGGCCGCCUGCCUCUGCCGGCCGGGCCCGGGCCUGCCCCAGACCCUAUAAGGCCUGGUAGCCGAGAGCAGAGCCAGCCCCCAGCUGCACCGCCUGUGGCUCUGAGGGACCCUCACGCACCCCGGCUGCUCAGAAUAUUACCAUGUCUGCCCAAGAUGAAGGAGGCCGGGAUCCUCCCAAACCCAAGGGCAAGACCCUGGGAAGUUUCUUGGGGUCCCUGCCUGGCUUCAGUUCUGCCCGGAACCUCGUGGCCAGCGCCCACAGUUCUGCGAGAGAGGUCCGGCCGCUCGCCGACCCUGCGGGUGCGUCCCCGCAGCCCCAGGCUCAGGCUCCUGUGCCCACAGCAGCCACCAACCUGGAGCAGACGGCCGGCGGGGAGAAGCAGCCGCCGCCUUCAGAUAAGAUGACCUCUGGGGCAAAGGACCUGGUGAGCUCCAAGAUGAGUAAGACCAAGGACACCAUCUCCUCCGGGAUGGCCAACGUGGUGGACACAGCUACAGGUGUGGUGCACGGAGGCCUGGGCAUGACCCGGUCUGCCCUCUCAGGUGCCAAGGAGACUGUGGCCAGUGGCGUCACAGGGGCAGUGGGUGUGGCUAAGGGCACCGUCCAGACCGGCCUGGACACUUCAAAGACCAUCCUCACGGGCACCAAGGACACCCUAUCUACUGGGCUCACAGGUGCACUGGGCAUGGCCAAGGGCACCGUCCAGACCGGCCUGGACACUUCAAAGACCGUCCUUACAGGCACCAAGGACACCGUGUGCAGUGGGGUGACUGGAGCCAUGAAUGUGGCCAAAGGGGCUGUCCAGACCAGCCUGGACACUUCAAAGACCGUCCUGACGGGCACCAAGGACACCCUAUCUACUGGGCUCACAGGUGCACUGGGCAUGGCCAAGGGCACCGUCCAGACCGGCCUGGAAACCACCAAGAAUAUUGUCACAGGCACCAAAGACACCGUGUCCGCUGGGGUUACAGGGGCAGUGACCAUGGCCAAGGGCACCGUCCAGACCGGCCUGGACACCACCAAGAAUAUUGUCACAGGCACCAAAGACACAGUGUCCGCUGGGGUGACAGGGGCAGGGAACGUGGUCAAGGGGGCAGUGCAGACUGGUCUCGGCACCAUCCAGAACUGGUUACCUGGCACCCGGGACUCUGUGUGGGGUGGACUCACCAGUUCCAGUGCCCCCCGCAAAGGAGGGGAAGCUCUGUCCCCCGGAGUAUCCAGCGCCCCGGACACACUUGGUGCAGGCCUGGACCUUGUCCGGGAAGCCACCGCUGAAGCAACACGUCCCCAGGGGGCCACCCUGGGCAGGGAGGAUGCGGGGCGCGUGGCCCCCGCGCAUGGCCAUGAAGGACCCACGAGCUUCGCGACACUCCGGGACGAGCUGAGGGAGUUGGGGGAUGUCUUCCAGCCCCUGGAUGCCGAGGAGCAAGCCCAGCUUGCCGCCUCCGAGCCUGAGCCAAGGGUGCUCACGGCCGACGAGCGCAGCUACUUUGUGCGUCUGGGCGACCUGGCCCCCGGCUUCCGCCAGCGGGCUUUUGAGCACGCCCUGAGCCACCUGCAACACGGCCAGUUCCAGGCCAGGGCCGCGCUGGCCCAGCUGGAGGACGCCUUCAAGCUGAUUCAGAAGGCCGAGCGGGCUCCAGAGAGCCAGUCACCUCCAGACCAGGGUCCGAGCAGCAGAGCGGAGGAAGGUGCUACCCAAGAGGUGCCGGACGCCGGGGCCCUGUCCAGGGCCUGCAGCCUCAUCCAGCAGCUCCACGUGGCCUACAGCUCCCUGGCCUCCGGCCUCCAGGGCCUCCCCGAGGAGCUCCAGCAGCGUGUCGGGCGGGCGCGGCACAGCCUGUGUGAGCUCUACGGCCUGGUCUCCUCGGCCAGCUCGGUCCAGCAGCUGCCGGCAGAGCGCCUGGCCCGGAGCCACGAGGGCGUGGGCCGGGCCUGGCAAGAGCUGGAGCAGGUGCUGGACAGCGUGCAGCACGGCCCGCCGCUCUGCUGGCUGGUGGGGCCCUUCGCCCUGCCGCCCGGCGGGCAGCGGCUGUAGGCCGCUCCCGGCCCACGGGGGCCCUCUGCGGGGCCUCCUCCCCGGCCCCAAACCGGCUCCCCCUCCCCGAAGGUCUGGACCCUGUGCUGCCUCGCCCCAGCGGGGGCACCGAGGACCGUGAGCUCAGCAGCACCACGCACACCCGGCUCUAGGCCUGCCCGCACCGUCCACCCCUCUCCUCCGGGUCUGGGGGCCCAGGGUUGCUAAGACCGCUGACGGAGGGUGUUUGCCUGAGGAUCUCAAGCAAGCACUCCCAUUAAGAAAGAGAAACGGACACGUGCCUAAGUCUAGAAGGUUCCGUCCAGUUCUCUUGCUCCUCCCUCCUGGGCUCCCGGCUCUAGCCUCGCUCUAGAAGCAUACGCCCUCAGCAAACCAUGUUCCGUUGCAGCCGAAUGUACCAGAAGGCCACUGUCACCCCGAGGCAGGCUCCUACCACCUCUGCCAACGCUCAGUGUGGCCAGGGGGCUUUGUGAGGGUCAAGCUGCGGCAGCCAGCAGCCAUGGCUAUGCCCCGGGCCGGCUGGAGGACUGGAUGGGGGCGGAUAUAAAACCAGCCACUUCCCACCUGGGCCUACCCGGAGCUGAUGCUCUGUGGCCCUCCAAGCACCUGGGCUGAGGCCUCUGAAGAAGGACCAGCAGAGCUUCCCCGCAGGGGACGGGGCCCUGGGACGGUGGGGGCGGGUAUGUGACCGCAGGUGCUCAGCACGUUCAGGUAGGCCCCACACUUGGUCGAGGCCGGAGAACAGCUGUGACGCAGCACCCCGUCCUUCUGGGCCACACUUCCCCAAAUGCCCAGGGCAGCCACGCCAGGGUGGCACGUGGGACUACAGGACGCCAGGCGCGCUCUCCCUCGGCCUCACCUGUCCUCCGGCCGGGGGGACCCUUGCCAAGGAAUACCCCGCUUCCCAGAACCCGCAUCCCACCCUCGACCCCGGUCAGGCCCCAGGACCAUAGCCCCUUGUCAUACACGAUGCGGUGCUCUGAGCCCAGGACGCGACACCAGCCUUCCCCCAAAGGGUCGCCAGGCUCCUGGGCGCUGGCCAUGUGAGACACGGGGAACGGGUCAGGAAGCCCCUCGGGCCCGUCCUUCCUUGGUGUCCCUCACGCCCUGUCAUCGCAAGAAGAGAUGCUGGACACGGUCAUUCACACAAGCUGAGCACAGUAGCUGGAGCUCCAGUCCAGCCAAACCAAAUGAGGGGCGCCAGGCUCAGGAAGUCCCAGCCUGACCACGGCCUCGGUGGGAACGGAGGCUCCUGGCCAGGGCAGGGUAAGUCACAUACAGUGGACGCCACUGUUUAGCCAGCAACUGCCCAGUGCGGGUGUCUGUCUGAAUCCGCGUGAUGGCCCCGUGAGCCUGGGAAUGAGAAGCCCGGGGUGGGAGUGCCACUCAUCCAAGGUCACAGAGCAAGUCCUGCCCCCAGUGCUCACACCCUUGGAACAUCAAGGACACUGGCCAGCCCACAGCGGCCCCCAAGCCUGAAUGGCUCGAAUGCCCCGAGCUACUGCUUCUG